AUGGAAAAUGAAAGGUCGACUUGCGAUGACCUCAUGAACAAGCUCAAAUGCGAUGAACUAAAGAACAACCUAUUGUUCUUUAAAAUACAGCACUCGAGUACAGAGAACGAGGCGGACUGUCGGGGCGCGGUUGUAGACAUCCUACAAACAAAGAUGGGGAUCGACAACGCCGGAGAGAGGAUGCAAAUCCAGGUAGAACGACUUGGGAACUACAGGGCCGGGGUAACUCGCCCUAUUUUAGUCAGGUUCGAUAAAUUUGAGGACAAAGAACAUGUGCGACGGUCAUGUCCAAAACUGAAGGAUACAGCAAUUGGUAUGAGCCCACACCUGCCCAAGGAAAUCAUGGACAAACAUAAACCGCUCAUGGCAGAGUUCAAAAAGGCUAAACGUGAUAAGAAAAGGGCUUUCUUUAGAUACGACAAGCUCAUCAUCGACGGUGAGGAAUUCAUCCCACAGCCAACAAACCUAAGCAGUCACUAG